AUGUCGCAGCCGCACGACAAAAAGGCAAAAAAGCGCAAGCACGCCCUCGCCGAAAUCGGCGCGGACGAGGUGCCCCCGACACCCGCGAAGAAGGCGAAGAAGGACAAGGACAAACACAGGGCGGGCGCGGAACACAUGCACACGCACGCGCACAAGGGAAAGGGCAAGGCGCGCGCAGACGUGGACGGCGAGUUCCGCGUCGUGCAGGCGUCGCUCGCGGUCUCCGUGCCCCCCGUGUUCGCCAGCAACCUCGCAAGGGGCGUCGAGGAGCUGCUCGACUCGAUGCUCAUGAGGUACAUCCCCGCGUUGCACGGCGUCGUGCUCGCGCACGACAGCCUGCGGUUCCUCGACAGGACGGCGACGAUCAAGGCGGACUGCCCGUUCGCAAACUGCCGCGUCGGGUUCGACGCGACGGUCUGGAGCCCGCGCGUGGGCAUGAAGCUCGUGGGGAAGGUGAAUCUGUGCUCGCCGGACCACGUCUCGCUGCUCAUACACCGCACGUUCAACGCGUCGAUACCGCGCCAUCAUAUAUCCACGGACGAAUGGGAGUUCGAGUACGGCCCCGCAGAAAACGACCCCGAGUUUGGACCCGAGGUCGCGGCGGAGAAUGAUGCGGACGGUACGCCAAAGAUGGGCGCAGACGAUGAGAAGGCGGCAGGCGUGGAUCGGGGCGGGCGAUGGGUGCACAAAAUUACCGGUGCCAAGCUAGGAGGAGAGGAUGGAUCUCUGGAGUUCACGGUCGUUGGGUUGACCGUCGCGAACCAGAUGCUCUCGCUCGUGGGGUCGAUCCAGCCCGACCCAUUUUCGCCCGAACACGUUCCCGUACAUACGGCGGCUGCAUCGGAGUCACGGGAGAAAGCAGCUCCCUCGAAUAUUGCGGACGAGCCUGAACCGCUUGCGGUUGACGGCGACUCCCCAGACAUCGCUAUGGACGGGGAAGACGAGGAGGAAGAGGACACGUUCGAGAUGCUGGGGCGGCUCGCGGACGAAGCGGCUGCACAGGAAAAGGAGCAGAGAGUGAAGGAAGAGGAAGCCGCUAGGAAGGAGAAAAGGCGCAAACGGAAGGAAGCAAAGUCAGUGCAGGGCCAGGACGGUGCUGCCAGCGAUGUGCCCGAGGUGAAGAAGGCAAAAAAGAAAAAGAAAAGCUAG